AUGAGUAAUUAUCCAUAUUCCUCAUACUACAAUGGAUCAUGGUUCAAUCUUAAUAAAAACUCUCUUUCUUCUUCUUCACAAUCAUCAACUUAUGAUCAACAAUUACUUUCAUCACCUCCUUCUCCACCUCUUAGAGAAGCUCUUCCUCUUUUAAGUUUUAGCCCAACAAGAAAGCUUAACCAUGAUCAUCAGUUCAUGGAAAUUGACGAUCACUACAAUAAUAGCAAUUGCAAUAAGCUACUAAUUUCUGAUGAUGAUGAUGAUCAUAAUGAAAGUAGUGUGACUGUGGCCUUACAUCUUGGCCUCCCAAACCACAAUCUUUCUGAAGAAGCUGAUCUGAUUUCAAGACUCUCAACCAAUACUACUAGUGAUGAAAUGGAUAAUAAACAAGUGGAGAUGGAAGAUGGUACAACAAAUAAGGACAAUAAUAAUGGCUAUUUCCUAACAAGCACACUCAACAAGGGCCAGUAUUGGAUCCCAACUCCAUCUCAAAUUCUCAUCGGCCCAACUCAGUUUUCUUGCCCUCUUUGUUUCAAAACUUUCAACAGAUACAAUAACAUGCAGAUGCAUAUGUGGGGGCAUGGAUCUCAAUACAGGAGAGGCCCGGAAUCCCUGAGGGGAAUACAACCAACAGCCAUGCUAAGGCUACCAUGCUACUGCUGUGCACCGAGGUGCCAUAACAACAUUGACCACCCGCGUGCUAAACCUCUCAAAGAUUUCAGAACCCUCCAGACACAUUACAAGAGAAAACACGGGAUCAAACCCUUUAUGUGCAGGAAAUGCGGCAAGGCUUUUGCAGUUAGAGGUGAUUGGCGAACCCACGAGAAGAAUUGCGGGAAGCUUUGGUAUUGUAGUUGUGGAUCGGAUUUUAAGCACAAGAGGUCCUUGAAAGAUCACAUUAAGGCAUUUGGAAAUGGGCAUUCAGCUUAUGGGAUCGAUGACGAGUCCUGCUUUGAGUUGGAAGAAGAAGAAGAAGAAGCUGCGAAUUCUGAGAUUGAUCAUCAAGAAAAUGAAUCGUGUAUUAAUUAG